AUGGCGAAGAGAGGGCUCGCUCUCCUUCCCAACCUCACAGGCGCACUUUCUUCUUCCUCUUCAAUCUCUAGUCCAAAGUUCGUUUCUUCCAACUCAAAUCAUGGUGUUGUAGAAUCUCUUGAUACCGACGAACAACUCAGAAAACUUCACGUACUCGUUCAACAAGGCCAAACUCAAACUGCCAAAAAUCUAAUUAAAUCCCUCAUAACUUCCAAAGCCAUCUUCACAACUCCUUCUGAUAUCUACACUCAGUAUAAGGAAAAAUCUAAAGAUUUUUCAAGCAUGGUGUUAUCGGUUUGUGCUGAAGCAAACCUCCCCAAUGACGCCCUUGAGUUGUACACGUUAAUCAGAAAAGAUGGCGUCUUUCCUUCUCUUGUUUCAUUUAAUUUACUUCUGGAAUGUUUGGUUUCUUCUUGUCAGUAUGGUAGAGUGUUAGAUUUAUUUGAUCAUGUUCUAAGUUCCGGUAUUAGGGUUGACAAGUUUACGUUCGGUAAGGCUGUGCAAUCAGCGGUUAAGAUGGGGAACUUGAGACGGGGUAUGGAAUUGAUGGAUUGCAUGAAGACUAAUGGUAGGAUGAGCGUUAGUAAGUUUGUGUAUAAUGUUUUGAUCGGUGGGAUGUGUAAGGAGAAGAGGGUGAUGGAUGCACGAAAGCUGUUCGAUGAAAUGCUUGAGAGGGAUGUGGUGCCUGAUAAGGUUACUUUUAACACUAUGAUUGAUGGGUAUUGUAAGGUAGGGAAUUUAGAUGAGGCGUUUAGGAUUCGUGAAAAAAUGAAAGCUAGUAAUGUGGGGGCGAAUCUUGUUACGUUCAAUACACUACUAAAUGGGCUUUGUAGAGGGAAGAGGAUGGAGGAGGCAAAAAGUGUGUGGGAAGAAAUGAAAGUUCAUGGCUUUGUUCCUGAUGGGUUCAGCUACAGUUUUAUGUUUGAUGGGUUCUUGAGGUCCGGUGAUUUGGAUUCUUGCAUGGCUUUAUAUGAACAGGUGGAUAAAGAUGGCAUUCGUAUAAAUGGAUACACUUGCGGCAUUUUAUUGAACGGGUUAUGCAAGGGAGGGAAAACCAAUAAGGCUGAGGUGAUUUUGGCGAAGUUAAUGGAGAACGGAUUCGUUCCAACAGAGGUAAUCUUCAAUAUCAUAGUCAAUGGUUAUUGCAAGGAGGGUAACACAGAAAUGGCCCUCUUGACAAUGGAAAAAAUGAAAUCCCACGGGUUGAAUCCCAGUUGCAGCACUUUCAAUUCAGUGAUCAACCAGUAUUGUCAAUCUGGUAAUCUUAUUGAGGCGGAGGAAUGGGUGAAGAGAAUGGCGGAAAUGGGUGCUUCUCCAGAUGUGGUGACUUACAACAUACUACUUGAUGGGUUUGGACGGAAUUUGCAAUUCGAUAAGUGCUUUGAGAUCCUUGAAGAAAUGGAAAGUUAUGGCUUAAAUCCAAAUCCCAUAAGUUAUGGCUCUCUAAUGAACCAAUUAUGCAAGAACGGAAAGCUUGUCGAAGCUGAAGUGGUUUUCAGAGAUAUGAUAGGUAGGGGUGUUUUGCCAAAUACAAACAUAUAUAAUAUACUUAUCAACGGGUACUGUAAUGGAGGGAAGAUACAAGAUGCUUUCAAGACUUUCGAUGAAAUGUUGAGAAAUGAUUCCGUUCCAACUCUGGUUACGUACAAUACCCUCAUAAAUGGGCUCUGUAAAAUGUGUCGGGUUGAGGAAGCCGAAGAACUGGCAUCAAAAAUGGCAAAUGGAGGUCUCAAAUAUGAUGUGAUUACAUAUAAUUGCUUAAUAUCUGGCUAUUCAGCCAAGGGAGACAGCGACAUGUGUUUAGAGUUAUAUGAAAAAAUGAAAGGAUCCGGGAUUAAUCCUACUACCAAUACAUAUCAUCCGCUAAUCGUUGGAUGCAAGAAUCAGGGAUUAGUGGUUGUAGAAAAACUCAUGGAUGAAAUGUCACAGAUGAACUUGAAUCUUGAUCGGGUGCUAUAUAAUGAACUAAUCCGUUGCUAUUCAGAGCAUGGUUUGGUAGAGAAAACUUUUGAAUUGUAUCAUGAGAUGGUUGGUAACGGAAUUCUUCCCGAUAGGAUGGCCUACAAUUGCUUGAUCAUCGGGUACUUAAAGGAAGGGAAGGUUCACGAAGCAAAGGAUCUUGUCGAUAAGAUGAAGGAAACGGAAUUAGUUCCUAAAUCCGAUACUUACGACACAAUGAUCAAGGGCCUUUGCGAUAUCAAGAAGUUCAGUGAGGCGUAUAUUUGGUAUAGAGAAAUGGUUGCCAAUGGGUUUUUGCCAAGUGCAAGUGUUGCUAAUCAGCUUCUUACUGGUCUUACGGAAGAAGGAAGGUUACAAGAGGUCCAGAUAAUGUGCUCCGAGAUGGGCAUCAAAGGAUCGGAUUGUUCGAGUGCAAAUGACGAAAAUCGUAGAUACAGUUAACGCGAACUCGGGGAGAGGAGCAAAGACCUCAAGCACACCUUGUAGAGCAGCUCAAACCUGGGGAGAAUUCGGCAACUUUCAGGUUCAAUAGCGAAGAGAUUGAGAAGCUGAAAACCUUUUUGGAUCUCGUGAACCCUUGAUCACUUUUAAUCUCAUGUCUACCCAUGAAUUG